CAGACGAAAUAGUUUUGUUUUAACAAGCGUUAAAUAAACAACCGAAAAGUGUGUUAAGAGGUUACGAGUGUGAAUUGAGAAUAUAAUAAAUAAAAUGACGAUAAAUUUUGCAUUCAUUCAAAUUAUCACGCUAACCGUAGUAAAUGGGUACCUAGGUGCUGGUGCACAAAUCACAGCUGAUAAAGAGAUAUCUACCAUUAACAACAGUUCCGUGAUAACUGCAAACAUUUUACAAGAUCAACGAGAACUAAUUGCUAAAGAAAUGCAAUCACUAGAAGGUGAAAAUGAAUUCGAAAAUUUAAACAGUCUCACACCAGAAAAGGAUGGGAGUCCAUUUCGGAGUGUUAUAGUCACUACAUGGAGAUCGGGUUCCACAUUCCUGGGCGAGAUUCUUAAUUCAAUGCCGGGGAAUUAUCACCAUUUUGAACCACUGGUUAAUUAUGGUAUUAGGGUAGUUCGUGGCCCACCAGAUGAUGAACGAGCUAUAUAUCAACUACAACAGCUGCUGCAUUGUAACUAUUCGAACUUAAGCGAAUAUGUGAAUUUUGGCGCAAAGCACAAAUUCGUUUAUAAUUACAAUGCUCGGCUAUGGAAAUAUUGUUAUUUGCAUCCGGGCCAUCCGAACAAAACGCAAAUCCACACUCAUCCAGACGAUCCACGUUAUUGCUCGAAUGCCAGUUUUCUGUCGUCAUUUUGCAAAUUAUUUCCGCUCCAAAGUAUGAAAGUACUGCGACUAAGACUGGCUUUGACUGAACAGCUGUUGGAGGAUCCGAGUCUAAAUGUCCGUAUCGUUUUUCUAGUUCGUGACCCAAGAGGUUUGAUGCUAUCGCGAAAAAGGUGUAAAUGGUGUCACGGUGAAACGGAUUGUGAAAAUCCAUCUACUGUCUGUAACGACAUGAUGUUGGAUUACUACUCAGCCAAAAGUUUUCAAAUAAAAUAUCCGCUACGAUUCAAGGUUGUUCGUUACGAAGAAUUGUCAUUGGAUCCAUUUAAAGUAACGGAAGAAAUAUUGAAAUUUUAUGGACUACCAUUUGAUGAGAUGGUCAAAACGUUUUUGGAAUCGCAUACAAAACAGGAUAUUGGUAAUAUUAUUAACAUUUAGGAAUUCAUCGUCAACACCAUUUCGUUGGAUGCACAAUCUUACGUAUAGGGAAAUUGACGACAUUCAAACAGGUUGUACCAAAACAAUGGAAUUGUAUGGCUAUAAGAAAAUGGAAGAGAAGGAUUUGAACAAUGUAACUGAUUUUAAUCCACUAUUACAAUGGAGAUUAGAGUGAAUUCACAGGCAAACUGCCAAAAAGUGAUUAAUUACUUGCUUGGCUUUGUAAAUGGUUAAUUGGGUCGUAUUUUACUUUUCUGUAAUAAAUAAUUUUGUGUGUAAGAAAUGGUCUUAAG